GCGCAUGUUAACUCUGACCUUUUCAUGCCACAGCAUAUCACAAAACUUAAAAAAACAAUGUAAAAUAUCCAGUAUUUUAACUAAAUCAAAUCAUGGACGAUAGAACAAAACGAUACGAGAAAAUUGAUUUCUUAGGAGAAGGACAGUUUGCUACAGUAUACAAAGCUAGAGAUGUUGUAAAGGACCAAAUAGUAGCUGUGAAGAAGAUUAAGUUGGGCACCCGACAAGAGGCAGCUGAUGGGAUCAACAGAACAGCUCUUCGAGAAAUCAAGCUUCUGCAGGAGCUUCACCACCCACACAUUAUCGGGCUUCUGGAUGUUUUUGGUCAAAAGUCCAAUGUCAGUCUGGUGUUUGAUUUCAUGGAGACAGACUUAGAGGUGAUUAUCAAAGACAGCAGUUUGAUCCUGACAUUGGCCCACAUCAAAUCUUACAUAUUACAGACACUUAAAGGCCUUGAGUACCUCCAUGCCAACUGGAUAUUACACAGGGACAUGAAGCCAAACAACUUGCUCAUCAACAAAGAUGGGGUGCUAAAACUUGGCGAUUUUGGCUUGGCAAAGUUCUUUGGCUCGCCUAAUAGGGUAUAUACACACCAGGUUGUCACAAGAUGGUAUCGCUGCCCAGAGCUGCUCUUUGGUGCUAGGAACUAUGGUACAGGAGUGGACAUGUGGGCAGUGGGCUGUAUCCUGGCGGAGCUUCUGCUCCGGAUCCCAUUCCUUCCUGGAGAGACGGACCUAGACCAGCUGAGCAAAAUCUUCCAGUGUCUCGGCACACCGUCCAAGGAUGACUGGCCGUCUGUAGAGAGUCUGCCAGACUUUGUGCAGUUUAAGCCAUGUGUAGGAACGCCCCUUAAGGAGAUAUUUAUAGCUGCUUCUGAUGACCUCCUUGACAUUCUGCACGGCCUGCUGACAUUUGAUCCACUGACACGACUAACAGCCCCAAAUGCACUACAGUCAGAGUAUUUUCGUAGCAAGCCGUACCCCACACCAAGCCACCUCCUGCCCCAACUAAAGAACAACAAGAAGGAAGUCAUGGACCAGUGUCGACCUAGCCUCAAACGCAAAAUGGAGGGAGAACAGAGUUCAUGUACAGGUCUUGUGAAAAGGCUGGUGUUUUAAUGUGGCCAUUCCAUGUACGUAAAGCAGGACUGGUAUUUAGAGUGUAGCGUCUAGUCUUCCCAGGACCAAAGAAAUCUCAAACCUCAAGUCCAUAACCUAACUGAAUCUGAUAUUUAGAGCAAACUUGUUAUUCUGCUUGUGCAGGGAUAACAGACUUCUUCUACUAUUCAGCACUGUAAGCAACAGUUUACGUGAACAAUGGUAUAACUGUAACACAAUAUUGACUCUAAUAAAUGUUAAUGUUUUACUAGUUGAUCUAAAGAAUAAAAAUGACAUAGUU